GACAAAAGCCAAGCCAUGUGAGUAUGUGCAUGUCACAUGUGUCAUGUCUCAUGUUACAUGAAAUCAUUGAAAUCGGCAAAUCGCCAACGCAGAGUAUGCAGCAUAUUUCAAAUUUUAAAAUAAUGCUUUAUUUUGUUUUAUUAAGUGAUUGAUUUUUAAAAUAUUUUUAUUCAGUUUUAUAAUUCUUAAAGUUCACUUUGUAUUGGUUACAUUAAAUUUACCUAGUUUCUAGAAAAUUAAAUUUUUUAUUUAUUUAUGAUAUUCUGUAUUGUAGUAAAUCUUUUAAUUUGUGUUAAAUAAAAGUAUGGAAUCUAAGAAUCGAUUGGGCUUUUGUGAAGUGUGCAGCGGUGAUGCUGCUAAGUACUGCUGCCCAAGGUGUGAAGUGAAAACUUGUAGUUUGUCAUGUGUUAAUAUUCAUAAGAAAGAAUUAGAUUGUGAUGGCAAGAAAUACAAAACAGGGUUUAAAAAAUUAGAAAAAUUUAAUGACGCUGAUAUGGGUCAAGAUUAUAGACUCAUGAAUGAGUUUAUUGAAGCUGUUGGAGAGUUUAAAAUGAAAACCCAACGCAUAUCCAAUUUAUCUGCAGUUUUUCGAAGAUUACGUUAUCAAGCAUAUCAACGACACAUGCGUUUACAGAUUUUACCUAAAUCUACUUUAAACAAAAAUAACACCUCUUUUUUUAAUCAUAAAUUAAAUAAAAUCUUCUGGCGAAUAGAUUGGACAUUUCAUGGCACAGAUGUGAAAUACACAAAUCAUAAAGUUCCAGAGUAUCAAAAACUAAAUAGUGUUGCUAGAAACUAUUUCACAACAGAGUUUCAUGACAAUGAAGUAAAAGAAAAAAUGCAGUUUUAUAUUUCAGCUGGAAUUAAAGGUGUAGUAUUUCUAAUGAAAACGCCAUAUGGAAAAUAUUAUGAACUUGAUUCUGAGGAUACAAUAUCAUACAACUUAAGGUAUAAAACAAUAUUGGAAUACCCGGAAAUAUUAGUUGUUUUGUCUAUUCAUAAAGAUGCAUUUAGCGAUCUUCUUUAUGUCGAGAAUUCAACAUUUAAUAAUAAUAAAUCAACAAUUAUGUAACAUUUAAUAAAUUUAUGUUUUUUUGUAAU